AUGCUGUUCCCCCUGCCCCUGCGGGUCGCCUGCAGCCUGCUGGUCUGGCUCUCUCUCUACGCUUGGUUCUGCCGUCGCUACAGGCACCGGAAUUACGAGUGGAGCUGCAGGCUGGUCACACUGACCCAUGGCAUCCUUGCUACCUGUCUCUCUGCUUACAUUGGCUUUAUUGAUGGCCCCUGGCCUCUGAGUCACCCAGGAUCACCAAACACAACUCUUCAGGUACACGGGCUGUGCCUUAGCUUGGGCUACUUCCUCUUCGACCUCUGCUGGUGUGUGUACUUCCAGGCAGAGGGUGCCCUGAUGCUGGCCCACCACCUGGUGAGCAUCGUGGGCAUCACAGCCUCGCUGGCCCUGGGGGAGUCAGCUGCAGAGGUCAAUGCUGUCAUCUUUGGGAGUGAGAUCACCAACCCGCUGCUGCAGGCCCGCUGGUUUCUGAAGGAGAUGGGCUGUUACCACAGCUUCACGGGCGACCUGGUGGAUUUCUUCUUUGUGGUCCUCUUCACCGGGGUGAGGAUUGGAGUGGGGGCCUGGCUGAUGUACUGUGAGCUUGCUUCUCCCAAGCCCAGGUGGUACAUUAAGCUGGGGGGUGUCAUCAUGUACGCAGUGUCCUGGGUCUUCAUGGUCAGCAUCUGUCGCUUCGCCCGGAGGAAGAGCAUGAAGAAGUACCAUGCUUGGAGGAGUCGAAGGAGUGAGGAGUUAUUCUUGAAAACUAAUGGACACCUGAAAAGCCACUGA